GAGCUGCUGGCUGCUUCACACCAUCAGGAGUCCAGAGCCACAGCACACACAGAGGUGGAAACCUGCAGCAUCACGAUGACAUCAGCUCUGAUGGGUCUCCUCGCCUGCCUGCUCGUCGUCUCUGCACAAGCGCAGCAAUCCAACAGGUCCAACAAAUGCAAGUGUUCCAGCAGCUUACUGGCCAGAUUCAACGCCAAGCUCAUCCAGGGAGAGCCGCUGGUUCAUCAGCCGAGUAGCUUCUGUCCUCUCAUGGAGAUCAUCAUCACAACUAAACAGGGGAAAGAAAAAUGUCUGGAUCCAAAGUCACAACUUGGAAAGUUUAUUCUGAUGAAGAAACUAAAGCACAGAGAGGCUGGAGCCGCACACCUGACAACAACUUCUGCUCAGACCUCCAGCUCAGACUCAACCAGAUGCCACGUGGCUUCCAGCAAAUAGACCCAGCCUCGACCUGCAGGAGAGGAACAGAAGCCCGGCAGACGGAUCAGGACCAUUUCCUUCCGAGGGAGACCCACCAGCACCACGGCCGCUUUGUGUUGCAACAUUUUUCAUCACAGAAAACAAAAUGUUUUGUUUUCAUAUCUCGUGUUUUGACUCUGAUUUCCAUCAGCUGUUAGAAACUGGUUCCAGUCUGAUCUCCUCUGGAGUUCCUGACAUGCUCGGAGUGCCAAAACACAUGAAGGAGUCAACAACCAGAUCCUAAAAGUACACCAGAUGGACCAUGUCUUUUAGAUGAAUGAUCAUUCUAGUUUGACUGAAACUGUUUAUUUUUAUAUAAGUUUAGCUAAACUAAUCUAUUCUUCCAGAAUCAUCCAUGUACAAUCAAACUAACUCAAAAAUACCAAUUCUUUCACAGACCAGGAACUUAUUUUCACUUUAGUUUAACUUCAUUUUUUACUUUAGUUUAACUUUUAUUUCAUCCAAUUUCUCACGUUGGUUACACACAGGGGCGGAUUUAGCAAUUUGGGGGCCCAAGGUGAACACAGACAUGGGGCCCCUUACACAAAAUUUUCGACAGUCUUACCUUUAACUGGAUUUGUGAAACUCUCCCCUCUUCUGACACGAGUUACUUUCCCUUUUUAUUAGUCCUCCUCUUUUUUCCUGUAUUUCCCUUUGAGCGCUUUCAAUAUUUGCUCUGCUUUCUUCUUCCUGUCAGGGCUCCUGUGCUUCAGCUUUAGUUAUUUAUUUUUUCUAUUUUCCAUUUUGGUCUAUGGUUUCCUCCCUUUAAACAUUUUCCAUUGUCUUUCCUUUCUGCUUCCUUUUGAUGUUUACAUCGAAAAACGACGUCACUUUCAGAAGUGAAAAUAAAAGCUUUUAUGAAGCGAGCUGCUUCGUUCUCUUAUUGGAGCCACUAGGAUAACUCCAUGUCAUGCUGAAUGUUUUGACUAUCGCUUUGAGUUUUUACGAACGCUCCCGCCUCUCUUCUUCUUAUUUGUGGUCUUAUGGGACUUGGCAAACAACAGUUUGGUGCAUUACCGCCACCAACUGGAUUGGAGUGGAAUGACUACCAAUCACUUCCUGUUUGUGCAUCGCCAUCUUAAUAACCCUCUUAUGACCAUAAUUAUAACAGGGCCGUCUGGUAUGUUUUUAAUCUUAUGGCUGUAAAAUUGUAAUAAAAAGUGCAAAGUGUGUGUAACUUUUUCAGAACAA